UCACGUGUUUGCUUCGAGUUUUGGAAUUUUGUUGCUUUUCGGGUUUAAUUUUGAUAGAAUUUGUGAUUUUUUGGUGGUAAAUUGCUGAAAAAGGCGCAUCACGAUGAGUACAAGUUUGGCAGCCCAGCUGCAGCGGCUGGCGGUUCCGGCGACCUCGGCCCUGUACGACUCGCGCAAGAAGCCUUCGAUUUUGUUUGACGCCCAGGCGGCCGCCGGCAAGGACCGGGAGGUGAUUUACGACAUCGGCAUCAGCGGGCUGCAGGAACUGGUCCAGUUAAACUUGGCGUUUUUGCAGUUUGAGGACACGCUGUUCGGGAAGACGUCGAUCGAUUUGCAGCGUUCGGUGGAGAACAAGGAGCUGAACCGGAAGUUGGACGCAAGCAUCCGGAAGUUCUUCUUCCACCUGUCACCGUACUUUAUGCUACAGCCGGCGCACAAGUGUUUGGAGUGGUUGAUUCGGCGGUAUUCGAUCCAUGAGUUUAACCGGGCGGAUUUUGUUAAUUUGAUUUUGCCGUACCAUGAGACGCUGAUCUUUGUGCGGUGCGUCCAGGUGCUGCACAUUGCCGGCAAGAAUGAUCCGUUUGCGUGGCUGCAUGGCGUUAAGAAGAGCGGCGCUCCGUUGGCGAAGAAGUCGAUUGUGAACCACGCCGCAGGAUCGCUUGGAUUUCUGCGCAGUUACGGAGAGUUCCUAGAGCAGGCCGUGGCCGAGCUGGACAACCGUGCGAACGUGCUUCAAGCCAUGAUUGCCUUCUACUGCACAACGACGAUCGGAGUGCUGGACGGAGCGGACCAAGUCGGGGAGAACCUCGUAGUAGCGAUCAUCAAAACCCUGGUCAAAGGACUCAGCUCGAAGGCGCUGGAUUUCACCGCGGCCAGCUACAUGAUCGUGGGUCACCUCGUCUCCAAAGCCACGCUGGCGAAGAAGACGCUCGAGAAGAUUCUGCAACGGCUUGCCGUCCAGAUGCAUCCUUCGCUGACCGGAAACGCCGUCAUGCUGAUGGUUCUAAUUCUGCAGACCCAGCAGGAACAGAUCGGGGAGCUGUCGGACGCGGUGAUUGCCACCAUUAUGAGUGCCAAGUGGCUGCCCCAGGCGCUGGGACGUGUUAAGCAGGAGGGCGUCAGUGUGGUCACACUGUUGCGCGCUGUUCUGGGCAAGUGCUUGAGCAAGAUUUGCCGUCAGGAUGAAGAUUUGGAGCUUUGCAAGCGGUUCUGCGAAGGGUUGCUACUGGAGAUUACGCUGACGGAGGAUGAAGCCAGGGUGGUCAUUCAGAGCGUGCUGGAUUCGUACUUUCACAAGGGCACGACGGCAGGCGACUUACCCUCCGCCAGCGACGACCGCUCGUCCUCGUCGGAGAUCAUCAGCCUGGACUCGGACGAGGAGGACUUUGAGCGCAAGGACGAGUGCGUGACGCGGUGGUACUCGGACUUUCUGAAAGCGCUGGAGAACCAGUACCCGGCGGCGUUCGAUCGCGUCGUGAAGCGCACCAUGCGGGGUCACUUUUCGCAGAACAAGCGGAACGCGCUCCGGAAUGUGCUUGGCUUCCUGAUGCAGGCUUCGUACAGUGAGCAAGACACGAAUGUGUUUGAGAACCUGUUUCACUAUGACGUUGAUCGGCGGGUGGAUGCGGUGCGGUAUUUGGUGCAGAACUUCCAGAACAUUAGCUUGAAGGGGGAGGGGAAUUGCGAUUUGCUGAAGGACAGCUUGAAGGAGCGAUUGGAGGACGAUAAUUGUGAUGUGAUCGCUGAAGUGUUGAAGUUGGACGCCGGGGAGCUGGUUAAGCUGAUUGGAAAGGAUGAACUGAUUACGAAGCUGGUCAAGUUGAGUUUGAAAUGUUUGAGGGACACGGAGCGUUGGGAGGGAAUCACGCCGAAGCUGAUCAACCUGUUGACGGACAAGCGCCUCUACUCUGGGACUAACCUGAACAAGGUGAUCAUCGCGAUCUACCCGUUUCUGUUUCCCGAUGAAGACGAUCCGAUUGGUGCCGCGAUCGCGAAACAGGUCCUCGCAACGGAAUUUAGCCGCAAGUACAACGUCCUCAUGUUGUCCGUCAACAAAAUGGAGAACGUUGACUGCCAAUCGCUGCUCGAAACCCUGGAAGAAAUGCUCGGAACCGGCACGCACUUCCACGCCAUCCAGGUCUGCUUCAACGUGUUGCUUGUGACGUCGUCACUGCCCAAAGAAGCGCCACUCCCGCUGGCAACCAAAGUUCUUGACUUUGCGCUGCGAAUGCUGAGCGGAAAGUUUAAGUACGCUCCGUCGUCCAGCCUCAGCUGCCUCAAGAAGAACCGGCUGCCGAUGGACAUUCACGUGAUCGUGACCGGAUUUCUGAUCGAUCGCGUACAGUUCAAAACGGGCCACCUGGACUUGACCAACCAGACGGAGUCGCUGCGGUUGCAGUUGAAGAUCUUUGCGCUGCUGGUUGAGCGGUACUUCUCGAUCAAAGAGGAGCACAAAACGGUCAAGACGGUCUACGGAAAGGAGAUCAGCAAGUUCUUGAAGAAGCUGUACCCCGAACCGGAGCGCAGGGUUGAGUUCCUGCUCGGGUUCUACUCGGCGCACUUGAUCGAGGCUGCUGGAGAUGACAGCAAGGAUGCGGUUGUGAUUUCGCCGGAGCUGCAGGUUCGAGCUUUUCGACUGGUGAAUGCCAUGCUGGCGCAAAUUUCGUUCACCCUACAACCAAUCCAUCUGCACUACAUCAUGCUCGGACUGACCUCUUCAUCCUCGGUGAUCCGCGAGUGCGCCCUGGAAACCCUCCAAACGAUCAGCUCCAGCGAGAAAUCCUCACUGGACGCCACCUACCGUUCGUUCAUCCGCAAGCUGCUCAAACGCCGCGAAGAACUCGCCAUGGACGGCGAGCAGCUCUCGCUGGUUCUGUUCACGAUCUUCUCCCUGGACAAAUCUCAGUCCUUCGAAAAGAUCCUCGCCGAUCUGCUGGAGCGCGUGGUCAACCCCGUCACUCCGGAGUACGUGGCCGCGGGCGUGCUGGACGUGCUGAAGCUAAUGGACGACGAGGACGUGCUCGUGAAGACCGUCGCGCGGGGCGUUAAGAUUCUGGAGCGUGCGAGGGUUGGCUUUGGGGUUUAUGAGUCGAAGGUGGUUAAGUUGUUGAUUGGGAGAAUUAAUCCGAACACGACGAGCAAUUUGGUGCGGGUCGAGCGGUGUGGGAAGUUUGUUCGGAUGGCGUUGAAGAGUUACGCGCCGCUGUGGGGGAGGGAGCGAAGGCAUUUGUCGGCGUCGAUCUUGAUGAUCGAGGCGAUUGGGGAGGAGUUGUUUGGGACGUUUUCGGAGCGGUACGGGGAGGAGAUUUUGCGGUUGGUGGUGGAGGCGGCGACGAUGUCGCAGAAUCCGGAGACGAACUCGGCUGCUGGGAAGAUGGUCAAGGGGUUGAAGCUGAACGUGGAGUUGGUGAUGGGGUUGUUGGAGGAGAUGAAGGUGCAGCAGGGCGAGAAGAAGGGCAGGAGAAGCAAGGGGGCGUUGGUGCCUACGGAGUCGGUUUACACGGUUAGGGAGUGGAAGUGUGGAGUUACGCUGCUGGAGCUGUUGCAGAACAAGAAGCAGUUGGUGAACGCGGGUUUGUUGGUUCCGAAGCUGUUCGAGGUGCUGAAGUACUGUCUGGACUUUGAGGAGCAGUCCGGCGUGGAGUACGUCAAGCAGAUGAUUUUGUCUUUGUUGCUGCAUUGCAGCGUGAAGGUUGACGAAACCGCCGUGGCGGACGCCGUGUUCAAGGUAGAACUGAUCGUUCAGUGCAUCCGCGGGACGCAGAACCCUCAAACGCAUCACCACGCGCUGCUGCUGUUGGCGCACGUGGCCCACCUAGUCCCGGAGCAGGUCCUGCACAACAUGAUGGAAAUCUUCACCUUUAUGGGAUCGUCGAUCGUGCGUCACGACGACGUGUACAGCAUCCAGAUCAUCUCGAAGAUUAUCGAAACGAUCGUUCCGACGCUGGCCGCCGGGAAGUCCGACAAGAACACCAAAGACCGCGUGAUUCCGAUUUUGAAGAUCUUCUCGGACGUGAUCUUGGACGUACCGGAGCAUCGCCGACUGCCGCUGUAUUCCAAGUUGCUGCAGACGCUCGGGGCGUCCGAGUACCUCUGGAUGUUCCUCGGUGUCCUGCUCGAGUCGGACGUUGUGAAGGGUGGCAAGAAGGCGGAGGAAGAAUCGGAGGAGCGAUCGGGUUCCAAGAAGAAGCACAAGAUCGAGUCGGAGUACUCCAACUUCAGCAAGCGCCUCGAGAUCGCGAUCAACAUCGCGCACGAGUUCGCCCCGUCCGAGAUCGUUGAAACGUGCACCAAGCUCGUCCAGUUCAUUCAGGACUUGCCGCUGAAGAUCGACACGGUUCCCGAGCGUAUGCAGAUCGACCUGGCGGACGCGGAGAUCUUUAGCGUGGAAGGCCACACGUACAAACAGUUGCGUCACUACCGCUACUCGACGACCAUGUUUGUGGGGACGUUGAUCCGUUCGACGCAGGUCAUCAACAAGAUCGCGCUGCUGGACGCGGAAGAGACGGCCGGGAUGAAGGUUUGCUACCGGGACUUGAUCGUUGGAAGUUUGUCGUACAUUAAUACGGUCGCGAAGGUGUUGGACAAGAUGCGGAGUGAGGGAAAUGAGCGGGACUUGGCGUACUGGGAGUUCUCGAUCGCCAAGUGUUACGAGAUUUUGGAGGGGACGAUUUCGCUGCUGGAACCGGACAUGUUGAUCACGGUUUUCGCUGGGUUGUUGAAGCAUCGUACGCUGGUCAUUCGGCUGAAGGUGCUGGAUAUCUUCAACAAGAAGAUUCAGUACAGUCAAGAGUUCUUUGACGAGUCGCAUCACCAAAAGCUGCUGGACUUGCUACCGGUACUGAUGAGCUUGAUCAAGGGGAUCUUCGAAGAGGAGUCUGUCGUGGGAAGUACCGCGUACAAGUUCAAGAUCGCUCAAGAAGCGUACCUUACGCUGAAGCUCUCCUCGAAGAUAUUGGCCCAGAACAACCCGUCACAGUUCAAGGAGAUCCUGUCCGGCUUGAUCGACGAGUUGCGCGAGUAUAAGAAGAACCCCAACCCGAACCUGCUCGCUUCGUUGAUUCUGUGCAUUGGUGAAGUCAGUGUCAACGUUGGCGCUCACGCAAUCCCCUUCCUUCCGAAGUACAUCCCAAUGCUGACCAAGUUCAUCGCGCAUCAGGUACAAAUCGAAGAGACGUUUGACAACCUUACGCACGCGAUCGUAACUUCAAUCUUGAAGAUUGUCGACGCGCUGGCGCGUUUCUUGAGCCCGUAUCUCAAGUCGAUCAUCGUCAGCAUUUCCAAGCUAAAGGCGAAGCUGAUCGGUAACGAAGAUCCUCGCCUCUCAAACGUCACCUCCCGCCUCGUCCAGAUCUGGGAAAAGCUCGCCGCGUCAAUCCCACUCCGUCUCCUCAUCCCGGCCAUCGAGCAAAGCUAUACCGACCUCGUCAAGGAGGGCGCCAUCGAUGGAAUCGGCCCGCUCAUGCAACUCCUCUCGACCUCCUUCAACGCGAUCCAAACCUCCGAAUUCAACGCCCUGCAAUCCGAACUAUCCGACUUCUUCCUCUCGGCCCUCCAAUUCCGCUGCGACAACGCCUCCGGAGCCAAGUUCCUCCCCCAGUCCAUCGACAUCGCCGAGGAGCACGUCAUCAAGGCGUUCGUCGUCCUAAUCCUCAAACUCUCGGAAAGCACCUUCCGCCCACUCUACUACAAGGUCUUCGAGUGGGCCAACCGCGACUCCUCAACCAACGAUCGCGCCAUCACCUUCUUCAACCUGUCCAGCCACGCCGCAGACGCCCUCAAACAUCUCUUUGUUCUGUUCGCUAGCGAGCUGAUCGACAACGCCGCCAAACUCCUGGACGCGACCAACGCCGCCAAAACCGAAUCCGACCUGUUCUUCCCGGACCCGCACAAAAACUGCACCCUCAUCCGGUACAUCCUGCGCACCCUCCUCAGCGUCCUCGUCAACGACAACCAAAAUUUCAUCAACUCGAUGCGCUUCGACACCCUACUCCAACCGAUCGCCGACCAACUGGAAAACACGAUCGUCCACGAAGACAGCGAAAUCCGACGCCUCGUCGUAGACUGCCUUGCCCAGCUAGCGGUCGCCGUCGCCGAUGACACCCUGUGGCGUCAACUGAACCACCAGGUUCUGCUCAAGACCCGCAACAACGAUCCGGAGAUCAGACUGUUUGCGCUGGAAGCGUGCACGGACAUUGCGCGCAAGAUUGGCGAAAACUUUGCCCCGCUGCUGCCGGAAACGAUUCCCUUCUUGGCGGAACUGCUCGAGGACGAAAAUCAGCAGGUGGAGAAGGCGGUGCAGAAGACGAUUCGGGAGGUGGAGAAGGUGACGGGGGAGCCGCUGCAAAAGUAUUUGUAAAAAUAUGGUAGGCGAUGCGUAAUUUUCACAAGUUGAAAAUGGAGAAACGGAAAUGUCACGCCGGUUCGGAAAAUAAAAGUUAUUUUUCUUUGUGGAAAUUGUGUCGUGUGUGUUUUGUGAUGAAUUGGCUUCGAAAG